UGCCUCCUGUAAUAUCUCUAAGCAAAAGGGGGGAAAUGCCCCACGGGACUGUCUUGCCGUUGUUUCACAUUACUUUAGAGGCGAGGAAUUUAACGCACAGACAACAGACCACAAAGCCAUUCCCAAGCUUGAUUCCUCUGCUAGGCGUGUUGGUUCCUGAAAAGUGUCUCUCUCUUCCUGCGCUGGGCACAGCAGUUCAGGCAGGCGACGUACUGUGUCAUUCUGCGUAAAAACCGGCGCGGUAUCCAUGGUGACAGACAACGCUUGGAUCGCUCUUCCUGGCCAAGCGCACAGAAGGAAACAGCGUAACACUUUUUAGUGAGAUAAUUGCUGUUUUGCUACUUUCGUUUCAAGAAAAUUGGCCCAAUGGGAGAGAGAGAGUCUGUGGAGAGAGAGGAGAUGGGCCUACACAUUCCCUACUACCCUCUCCCAGAGGAAAUACAACAGAUGGAGAGGUCGGAGACAGUGUGUCAGUACUGCGGUGUGAGUUAUCUCAUCCUCCACGAGUUCCAGCUCCUCCAGGACAGGUUGGCCCAGGUGGAGAGAGAGCUCCAGAACCAGAGAGGGGCCACAGAGAGAGAGAGAGCCAAGAGAGAGCUGCUGGAACUGGGCAGAGAGGAGUGGGAGAGGGCUCUGAGAGAAGAGAUCCAGAGAGGGGCCACAGAGAAAGAGAAAGUCCUGAGAGAAGAACAUGAAAAGAGGUUUGAAGAGAGGAGAUUCCUAAAUGAGGAGAUAGAAAAAAGGAGUGAGGAGAGAUGGAGAGUCCUGAAAGAAAAACUCCAACAGUCCAGCACUCAUCUGGAGGAACAGAGGGAAGACCUACAUCAGCUGGAAGAGAGGUGAGAGAGAGAGGUGAGAGAGAGAGGUGAGAGAGAGAGUUGA